AAAAAAAAAAAAAAAGAAAUGAACCGAUUCAUAAACCAAAAGAAAAUUCCAAAGGAUUUGCUUGCCGCCUCUCUGUGUUCCCUCCCCAAUUUGAACCCUCGAAAAACGUGAAAGCCAACUGUUGUAGUAGUGGUGGAAGUGGAAUUCAAAGCACUCUCUUCAUAUUCAGUCACGUUGGUAUUUCUCAUUCUCUUCUAAAAAAUGCAUUUUAUCAUUCAUUAGAUUAAGAAUGUUGAAAUUGUAAACAACUUCGCUAUAGCUGUAUAAUUUCUCAGUUAAUUCUUGUUCUGUUAUAUUGCACAAUUUAAUUUUAUUUAGAUAGGUGUUUGUUUAUCUAAAUAAAUUCUAAUUCAGAUGAUCAGAAAAUGAUUCAACCCAAGACAAAGAAGAGAAGACGUGGUGGUGAUAUUGAAACAACUCAAGACACACUUAGUGAUUUACCGCAAUGCGUUCUCGUUCACAUUUUGUCAUUUUUGAACACUAAAGAAGCUGUUCGAACUUGCAUUUUGUCCAAAAGAUGGAAGCCUAUUUGGAAAUAUAUUCCCACUCUUAAAUUGCAUUACUCCAACUUUUCCACUUUGAAGAGUUUUGACAAAUUCGUGUCUAGGGUUUUGUCUCUUCGUGAUAACUCAAUUGUACUGGACACGGUUGAUUUUGAUCGUAAUGGUAGUAUUGAGUCUGGUUUACUUAAAAGGGUUGCAAACUAUGUUUUAUCCCGCAAUGUCAAGCUGCGUCGAUUAGGCAUUGAUGUCAAAGGUGAUAUUGGUCAUAUUCUGCCUUGCAUUUCUUCGUGUCAGACUUUAACGUCGCUUAAGCUGUCAAUUAAACCUAAAGGUCGUUAUAAUUAUGGGAGAACGCUGUUUCCUAUAUCAUUGAAUUUACCGGAGUUGACCUGCUUGCAUCUAGGAAAUUUUGCCUUUUGUGCUGGUGAAGAUGGCCGAAUUGAGCCCUUUUCAGCCUUUAACAUGUUGAAUAGUUUGAUCCUUGACAAUUGCUCGGUGAAGGAUGCACAAAACCUAUGCAUAACAAGUGAGACACUAGUUAGUUUAACUAUGUGUAAUCAUUCUUUCGACUUUUACCUGAUCGAGCUAUCUGCUCCAAGUCUUUGUACAUUUGCUUUUACGGGUACACCAUAUCAGAUAUUUCGUGGAAGCGGUCUUUCUUCUGUUAAACAAGUAGACAUUGAUGCGGAAAUGUUGGCAAAUCACUCAUUUCCUCCUAUGAUUCUACUCAGCUGGCUGUCUGAUCUUGCUAAUACAAAAUCACUGACAAAAUCACUGACAGUCUCUGCAAGUACUCUUCAGGUUCUCUCCUUAAUUCCAGAUUAUGUAAAGGAUACGCUGUCACCGUUAUCCCUUAUGCGUAGCUUGAAGUCACUGAAAGUAAAGCAAAAACCACUUUCAUAUGGAUUAUCCAUGGCAGUGAAAACUGUCAAGUUAGAAAAAACAUUAAAAGCGGGAAUUGAACCAUCGUCACCCAUACCUGAUGGAAUACUCGAGCUUUUGCUCCAGGACUCACCCUCCGCAAAUGUUGACAUCGUAGAAUGCUCAAGGUUUGAAGACGCCUUUGACCAUCUGUCUCAGUACUCAUCUUCAUUUUUUCUUCGAUUCCUACGGCCUUCUUCUCAUGAGCAUGUUAUGGUUGACCUGCACCAGAGGGUACAACAUCUAAAGGAAUUGGUACUGCAGACAAAUAAGUAUAUUCAUCUAGCAAAGGAGGAGAUAAUUCAGAAGAGGGAGGAGAUGUUGGCCCUCAAAGAGCAUAUGAAGAUGUUAAAAAAGACCCUUGAUGCCCUAGAGCGACAGAUGCACGAAGAGAUCAUUAAGCUGCAGCUAUAGUGUCAAGACAGUUAGUGAUAUUAUCAUGACAAUUAUAACCAGGACGAACGCGACUUGAUCCCCUCCCAUAAGUCAUAGUUUUUGUGCGUGUGUGCGCGCGCGUAUUUUAUGAUGUUCACACACAUUUUGAGAUGAACUAUAUAUUUGGUUUGUCUUAAUCAUAUUAUGAUAUAUUCAUCAGUAUUUUGGAA